AUGCACAGCUCGCCGGCGGACGAGCGGGUGUACUGCCCGGACUGCCACCGCGCGACGGAGGUGGUCCUCGACCACGCCACCGGCGACACCAUCUGCACCGAGUGCGCGCUCGUCCUCGACGCGCACUACGUCGACGAGGGCUCCGAGUGGCGCACCUUCAGCGACGACGGCGGCGGCGACGACCGCGACCCCAGCCGCGUCGGCUCCACGGGCGACCCCUUCCUCGAUGCCAAGCUCUCCACCGGCAUCACCUACGCCAAGAAGCCCGCCGCCGCCGCAGGCGCAGGCGACAACUCCAAAUCCCUGCCCAGGAUGUCGGUGCCCUUCGACGACGGCUCGGCCUCCGACAGGGCCCUCGUCGACGCCUUCCGCGGCAUCUCCGACAUGGCGGACCGGCUCGGCCUCGUGGCCACCAUCCGGGACCACGCCAAGGAGACGUUCAAGAAGCUCGACGACGCCAAGGGCUGCCCGCGCGGCCGCAACCGGGACGCCGUCUACGCCGCAUGCCUCUACAUCGCCUGCCGCAACCUCGGCAUGCCGCGCACCUACAAGGAGCUCGCCUCCGUAACCGCAGAAGGCGCCGCCGCCAGGAAGGACAUCGGCAAGAUGACGCUGCACAUCAAGAAGCUGCUCGGCGAGGAGGACGGCCAGGUCAUGGACAUCGGCGUCGUGCGCGCGUCCGACUACCUGCGCCGCUUCUGCUCCAGGCUCGGCCUGGGAAACCAGGAGGUGCGCGACGCCGGGGAGGCCGUGCGGAGGCUCGAGGAGGGCCUCGACGUGCGCCGCAACCCAGAGUCCAUCGCCGCCGCAAUCAUCUACAUGGUCGUGCAGCGCGCCGGCGCCGGCAGGACGGUCAAGGACGUGUCCGUUGCAACCGGCGUCGCAGAGGGAACCAUCAAGGAGGCGCACAAGGACCUAACCCCGCACGCCCAGAUGCUCUUCGGAUCAGCGAUCGGCCCCCCAUAA